AUGGGGAAGACACAGGAUAAGGAUAAACCUGAAGAGAAGAAUAAGAAGGGGACUGAGAAAAAGAAGAAGACUAAGGGAAAGAAGGUUGGCAAGGGUGACAGACAGGAUGAGACUAGGACUGAAUACAUUGGGGAAAGGGCUGAGAGUGAUUUACAUAGUGGUGAGUGGAAACAGGUAGGUAGAAAGAAGGGUAAGAAGAGCGUAGUCAAGAGUAUGGACAUGAGUAUGGAAGUGGAUUUGCUGUAUUCAGAAGAGAGAAAGAAGGGUCAGAAUGGAAGUAGCAAAAGUAAGAGUGAGAGUGAGCAAAAGUGUGGACAGGUAGGGCACAUAGCUAGUGAAUGUCAGGGUACCCGUAUGAACGUGGUUUGUGGCAACUGCGGGAGGAACGGGCACUAUGCUAGGAUGUGUAAAGAACAGCAUGCGAAGUGUGUUGAAUGUGGAUUGGAAGGUCACUUGGUUCGUGCCAGAUGGAGGGAGGCCGAUAGCCCUGCCUCAGGGGACAGGUUCCAGCCUGUGCACAAGGACAAUUCGAAUGGUAAACACAGAGGAUUUUAA